CCCUUCAGCAACACAAACAGUAGCACACGGUUUCCUUUCCUCUUUCUCCAUGAAAGGAAAGGAACAGAAGCCAAAAAUCAGGGAGAAAUGGAGACUGAGUCGCGGAAGAAGGGAGGAGGAGAGGAAGGCCUGCGCCGGUGUGCUGGUCUCACCGCCGCCAUCGCGCCGUCGUCAGGCCGAGGAGGGGGAAGAGCGCUGCGCCACACUGCCUCACCACCGCCGCGCGAGUAGCUUCCAUGGCCACCGUUGUCAAGCUCGCAGGUGGAAGAAGCAGAGAUGACGCGAGGAGAAGAGGGAGUCAUCGCGCUCUGCCGCCGCGAGCCUCGUCGCACCCUGCGCCGCCGAGGGUUCUGUCCUUGUCAGAGCCGUCGCCCUCACUACGCCCUCGCCGAUCUGCCGCCGUUGGGGUCUCGCACAGGGGAAGCUCGAGAGGAAGUCGUCGUGGAGCCCGCUGUCGCCGCCACUGUAACCGCGCCAUCGCCUGAGAUGAACCCGACGGGAGAGAGGGGAAACCACCUGCGACGCCGCCGGAGCUCCCUUUUCAGUCAGAAACUGCCGCCGUCCAACCAGCUGCUGCAGUGGUUGUCGCCCGUUGUGAAUGGCUGCGGGAGAAGCUCUUGUGGCCGCCGGAACCACACCGAAGUUUCUGCCCAUUUCUGUCGCCGGAGAACCUCGCUACCGUCGCCGGAGAACUCUUCCGUCAUCGUGAUUGGAAUUCGUCGCCGCUGCUGCUUGAGGUGGCUGUCGGAUUGCCGCCAAGCCGGUUCGGUGAUCGCCGCUGUUCCGGUUCAGCCGUUCCUUCUUCGCUCGUGUUGCGAUGGAUAUUGCGAAAGUGGCUGGGAGCUGAGGUUUUGGUUGCCGUCGGUUCGGGCUGAGGUGGAAAGGAUUAUGUGACGCGUUUGGGUUAUGAAAUUGCGUUUUGAGGAUAUGGGCGCAGAAGUUACGAAGAAUUUAUUUAGUUAUUAUUGUGAUGUUCUGUAUUGCUUUAGAUUAUUAAUUAUUGUACCCUCGCCUUUAUCUUGAUAUAUUCUGUAAGAGGGAUAGGAAUUGUAUUGGUUAAUGUCUGUAAUAUUAUUUAUAUAUAUGUGUGUAUAUAUAUGGAUGUACUCUUUAUGAGUUUUUGUAAGUUGUAUGGUUUCUUUGGAUGUACGUUAUCGAACGAAAGUAUUUUUGGGAACGGUAUUUGCGGUUUAAAGUUUCAAACAGGCUCAUAUUUUAGAAAUAAAUAGUAUAAGAGUCGUCGUAAUGUCCGAGCUAUCAGAGUAGCGCAGCCGGAAGCGUGAGCUUUGGUAGUUAGGGUAUUACACUUAGGUUUGUUGUUGGGCCAGAGUCUUUCUUUCUUUCUUUUGUCUAGAUGCUUGCCUUUUGUUUCUAAUGGGAAAGAUUUGUGAUGGUAGCAAAUAAAUCUUGGGCCAUGAUUGUGUGUGUGGGCCAGAUGCCAUUUGGGCUUGUUUUCUUUCUUCUUGGGCCAGUUUCAAUUAAAUGAAUUUCCUGCACACUAAACACACACAUAAUUGGUUUUUAACCCAAUAAUAAUGUUUAGUCAUCAUCUUAAAAUGUUGUUAGUUCUUCAAAUUCAACAAUCUCCGCCGUCAUCUCCACUAUCACCACCGCCUCUCCUAAUAUGUCAACAUCUACCUCGACAUGCCCCCUCUCUCCCUCUCGAUCGUACCCCCUACUGCGUCGACGACCUCAACCUCUCCCCUCCAUCGCAUCAAUCGCAUUAUCAAGACAUCUCCAUUCACACUAACUGGCUCGUAUCCUAACAUGACGUCUUUGCUCCACUCAACAUCUGUCAGGAACAUCUGGCACCUGAUCUAUAUUAGGGACCCGUCCUAGACCUCUUUGUGUUACCUCGGUGAUAAGCCACUAUUUUAUAGUUUAUUUUGUAUUGAAUUGAGUGAAUUUUAUCAACUAUUCUUAUACUUAUUCAUGUAAAUUACAUGUUUUACAUUUUUCCUUCCUAAUUUUGUGCUAUGAUUGAAAACAUGCUUCUUUGGCCUUAAAUUUGCUCAUUUUUAAUCCUCUUUUACUACCAUCGAUGCCGUAUAUCUGCGUUAAGUGAUUUUAGAUUUUCUAGGGCGGGAAUAGCUUAGAGGAUGGAAAGGAAGCAUGCAAAAGUGGAAGGAACACAAGAAAUUGAAGUUUUGAAAAGCUGGCCUUGACGCGCACGCAUGGAUGACGCGUACGCGUGACUGGUGCAGCAGACAACUGACGUGCACGCGUGGUUGACGCGUAUGCGUGACCAGAAAUUUGUUCAGCGACACGUACACGUGGCUGACGUGUAUGCGUAACGAGCGUCACGUGCUGCAAUUUACAAAAAAUACUGGGGGGCGAUUUCUGGGCUACUUUUGACCCAGUCUCAGGCCCGAAAAAUACAUAUUAGAGGCUGCAGAGUAGAGCUGGAAGGGGGAUUCACUUCAUUCAUACACUUUAGGGUUUAGAUGUAGAAUUCUAAAAAGAGAGGCUUUUUCCUCUCUCUAGGUUUUAGGGUUUUUAGUCUUGUUCCUUCUCACAUUCAG